AUGGUAGAUUAUCGUAAAAACCUAGACGGCAAGCUUCAUUUAUCACCUUAGUAGAUAAUCACUCAUACUUUAGACGUUGAUCCUCACAAAUACACUACUACACUUUAAAAGUAUGCCUUUAUUUUAAAUUUAACUAUAUUUUGUAGUUUUAUGGAAACUCAGAUCAGUAGAAAUGUAUAGUCAAAUGAAAAAUAAUAGGUUCAGUCAAUGAAUAAGAAAAUUUAUUACAUGCCUCAGAAUAAAUAGUCUUAUAUGUUUGGUGGAAAGACUAAUAUAAGAGAUCGCUUGAAUAUUGAAGUUGAAGAAAAGCAAAGUAUAAGACCAACAACAUCAUCCUCUAUGCGAACAGCUAAAUAAAAGUUGGCUCAUAGAACGAAUAUUGCAAAUGAGCCACCUGUAGCAGUAAAACCUCAGAGCAGGCCUUAAAGUAGAUAAGGGUAAAAUAACGGUUUAGUUGAUGACUUGACAUCCAUGAAAUCUUUUAAAUCACGAGUAAGUGCUGCUGUCAAUACUUCUUAAAUGAGUCAGAGAAGGCAAUUGUAAAUAGCUGAUUAGAGAGGCAGCAGACCAAUGUCUGCUCAGAGUAGGGCCAGCACGACUAAAUCAAUUUAACGUCGCCCAUUAGCUGAAGAAAUUGACUCCAAUAUGAAGACCUACUAUCCUUAAAAUUAUAAUCAGUUUAUGAGGACUUAAGCAUUGAACACCUAAAAUAUAUAAAAUGGAAUUGGGGGAUCAAACCUAGGAGGAGAUCAAAGACUUUAAAGAUCAUAGAGCUAAUUUAAGAUUAAGCAAAUGGGCACACCCUUGAAUUAAAGAUAAGUCUAGUUGAUAGAUAAAUUGAUAACUAUGAAUAAUGGAAAGCCAUUUAAGACUAUUAGAACUUUCAAAAAUGAAGGUAAUGAUCUAUAGCAAACAAGAGAUGAUAAAUUAGAGAGGCAAUCUACAUUUUCUAAUUUAUAUCAUAAAUCGGCUAAAGACCUCAGAGAUUAAUAGAUCUAAUAUCUAAAUCCUGAAUAAGAAGAUGGAAUUAUAUCUUAUGAAUAAGAUAUUGAUUUGAAGAAUGAGAAUACUGCAAAUAUUGAUUAGUCUAAUUUCAAUGAUGAAGAAAGAGAUUAAGUGCAAGAAUUGGAUAUAGAUAGAUUGAGAGAAGGCUUGAGCUAAAAAGAUUUUGAUGAAAUAAGAAGCUAUGCCUAGGCCUCAAGAUAAUCUGUUGCACCUUCUCAAAUUACUGGGAGAUCAAAGAGAUCAUAUAUUACCUAGAAUAACAAUAAUCAUCAUCAGCUAAUUAACAGAAGUAACAAAUCUAUUUAAAAUACAGAUACAACUAGCAUUAGAAUUAGUUAAAUUACAUCUGCCUCUAAGGUUGAUAAGCUUGAAAAACACUUGCAAUACUAAAUGCAAAAGAAUAAUCAUAUGGAAUAGGAGAUUGAAAAUCUGAGGAAAUUAACUUUAGAGCUUUAGAGUAAAUUGCAGAAUAAUCCAAACAGUCCUUAAAACUGA